AACAAAAAGAUAUGUUUGGCUAACUGUACGUGUGUUGUUUCGUUAUUGUGAUAACAAAAAGCCACAUCCUGUCUCAGCGACAUUCCAGCAGAACAUAUUAUGCUAUCAGUGCAUUUCACAUAGUUUUUAUGGCAUCGUCUUAUCUUGUUUACAAUCAGUCUGACGGCUUCAGUAAUGACCUGCCUUUUGGAUAUGUGUUAUGACAAGGUUCAUUGGCCAUUUGGUGUCACUGAAGACUUUAUUAGACUGUUAGACCUAUGUUGUUAUUUAAAACCUGCAUUUGAUAGUCACCAUGGAAGAUAAAGAGUUGGUUUUCAUUUGCCCAACAAGCCCAGAUGGUAUCCCAGAGUUUUUUCCACUCUUGGCCUGUUGAUAUCAAACACAUAUUUAAAAAUGAAUUAUUUAUGUCAGUGACUAUCUCUAUUGUUAUUACAUAUAGAUCAAGAAGCCCUCUCACAAUCCUAACAGGGAAACUGGAACCUCAAAUUCCAGGAAACUGUUGUUUUGGAUGCCAGGUGUCAGGACUCACAACAGAAGCUCAAAACUGGUCACGUGAUGUCUGAAAACCCAACCGGUGGUGGUGCAUCUUCCGUGGUUCCAGGGCAGGAACAGGUCCUAUCAGUGGAAGACUCCAAUUUGUCCAUUAACCAGCAGGAUCCCUCCACAGGCAUAGACAAGAAGCAGGCAGCAACCGCUUUGGAUGAAACUUCUCCCUCCUCUGCUGAGUCUUUUGAGAUGUUGGAUCUGGAUCUGGCCCAGUCCACAUACGAACCAGUCCAGCCUCAUUGGUUCUACUGUCGCCGUGGCAAUGAGAAAGACUGGCUGCCGUUCAGCAUCGAAGACUCUCUUAAGCUAGAGGAUGCACUCAAGAACGUGAAAAAAGGAGAGGAGACUGUGGUUGCCGUGGAGGGUGGCCGCUAUGAUGUUCGCCUUACUGAGCGUCUUCGCUAUGCCGUCUACUGGGACCAGGGACCCUCGGAAGUCCGUCGCUGCACGUGGUUCUUCAAAGGCAAUGAUGACCCACGGUACAUGCCAUACUCUGAGACUUUCAGUGACAGUUUGGAAGAUGCCUAUAUGAUUGCCGUGACGCUGGGAGAGUGGAAGAGGAAGCUGGAGUUUCCCACAGGCGAGACAGUCAUUCUUCACAACCCCAAGCUCAUUAUGCAGUACCAGCCCAUCAUGCUUCAGGAUGACUGGGUCUCCUCCCCCUCUGAACAGACGAGGCCUCGUACAGUAAAGAGGGGCAUUGAGAACAUAGCUGUGGACAUCCCAGAGGGGGAGCCUCAAACAGUGGACCACCUUGUCUUCAUGGUGCAUGGGAUAGGGCCUGCGUGUGACCUGCGUUUUCGGAGCAUCAUUCAAUGUGUGAAUGAUUUCCGCAGUGCUUCCCUGAGCCUCCUCAGCUCCCACUGCAGGUUGGCCCGAGAGGAGGGCAAGGUCGGCAGGGUGGAGUUCCUUCCUGUCGACUGGCACAGCGCUCUCCAUGGCGAUGCCACUGGCGUGGACGAGUCCAUCCAGCGGAUCACUCUUCCCAGCAUCGGUAGACUCCGGCAUUUCACCAACGACACCCUGCUGGAUCUCUUCUUCUAUAACAGCCCCACCUACUGCCAGACCAUACUGGACACCGUGGUAACAGAACUCAACCGACUCCACAGCCUGUUCCGCUGCCGCCACCCAACCUUUAAGGGGCAGGUGUCCCUAGUGGGCCACAGCUUGGGGUCUCUCAUUCUUUUUGAUCUUCUCACCAAUCAGAAAACAGGUUCUGAGGACUUGGGGAGCGAGAAGAAACAGGCUUGUGAUGACCUUUCCACCCCGGAUAAAGAGAACCUGGAAGAUGCCCUCACUAGAAUGGGGCUACAGAAAUACAUUCCCAUUUUACAGAAGGAAGAAAUGGACUUAGACUCUUUGUCUCUUUGUACAGAAACUGAAUUAGAAAGAGUUGGAAUACCACUUGGACCACGUAAAAAAAUACUGGACUUGGUCAGCAGGAGAAAAAUCUUGAAGGAUCAUAAAGCCAGGAUGGCGGCCAUGUUGCCCAGCGAUGACUCGGCAGACCUUAUCCAGAAUAACGCGGCCCACCGUCAAAGCUACCUGCGGACCCAUUCAACCACCAGUGCUGUGGACUACAAAUAUUUUGAUGUGGGGAUUGGUCAGGUCUCCAUCCGCUACCCUCAGCUAUCUUUCCAUCCACAGUCCUUCUUUGCGUUCGGCUCUCCUAUCGGAAUGUUUCUGACGGUCCGAGGACUGAAACGCAUCGACCCGGACUACAACUUUCCCACGUGCAAGGCCUUCUUCAACAUCUACCACCCUUUUGAUCCAGUUGCUUACCGCAUCGAGCCCAUGAUCAUGUCUGAUGUUGACCUGGAACCGAUGCUCAUACCACAUCACAAGGGGAGGAAGAGGAUGCACCUGGAGUUGAGGGAGAGUUUGACCCGCAUGGGCGCUGACCUAAAGAACAAUGUGAUUGGCUCCCUGCGGACGGCGUGGCAGUCCUUCUCCCGUCUGCCGGUGGCAGCCCUCCCGUCGUUGGAGGAGGCGGUGUGUGCAGGUGUUUCCAUGGAGACGUCAGAGAUGCCGGAGCCAGAGGGAACAGAAGAGGACAGUGUAACAGACGAAAAAGACUUAAAGAUCGGAAUGUUGAAUGGGGGUCGGCGAAUUGACUACGUUCUCCAGGAGGCGCCUAUUGAGUGUUUCAACGAGUACCUCUUUGCCAUCCAGAGUCACCUCUGUUACUGGGAGUCCGAAGACACGGCACUUCUACUUUUGAAAGAAAUAUAUGAGAAACACGGUGUUGUUUUUGAACAAUCUCCAUCAUAGACUCAUAACACAUGGAAGGAACAUAUUGAAGGAUAAAAAAACCUUUGAAGAAAGUAUGGAAGGACUACAUUUUUAUUUUAUGUUUAUCUUUACCUCAAGACUGAUAACACAGUGGCGUGGAAUUUGGAGGCUUAACAUCUCUUCAUAUAACUCUAAGCCUCUAAGCACCACUAUAGUCAUUUUUCACGAGAAAUGUUUUUUUGGUAUACUUAAAAACUAACUCUGUAAUCAAAUGUUUUGGGUGAUGGGUAAGGUCAGAAUAGGCAACAACUAGCGUGUGUUUACAUGCCAGCUUAAAUCAGACUAGUUGCUGAAUACAGACCUUUACACAGCAAAUAUACUGCCUUUGGGCUGCUAUACAUCAGACUGCAACUUAUCAGUUAAAUUUGGUAUAUUCAUGUCAUCUACUCAGUUAAUCACCGAUGGACUGUUUUAUGCCAUACAGUUGAUAACUUUACUAUUAAUUGUUACCAAAGAUGUGCAUUCUACCCUGUGUUUUCCCUUCAUCCUCAACACAUGUUUCCAUGAGUUGCGACAUGAGAGCAAAUAUUUGAUUGAGUGAACUGUACUACAUUUCUUUCAUACAUCAACGCCAAUUAUCAGUUAACCCUUUAAUCAACCUGAUAUUCACAGGUUUAGUUCUCAUGACAUUAGAGCAUCUUAUCAAUGCAGCAUACAAACUACUUAUAAGACCAGCCAGUGCAGCACCUUACGACCAUAUCCUGUCAAGAAGCAGGAUUACCCAACAUAUCAGAGGAUGGUCAGAUUGGAUUUGAUUGUCAGAGUUAAAGUAAGACACAAAGAAAAACACUUCACUCCGCUUUACCAGAUGAAACAUAUUUUAUUUUCCUGUCCUGAGGUGCAGUGCCAAAUCUGACUGUGCUAAGUGUGUGUUCCGUUUGUUUAUAUCCUUAUGCCUGCAUUUUGUGCAAUAUGUGACAUUUCCCCCAGUUUCCCCUAUUUCCUUUGUAAAAAAGGACUGAACUUUCUAAAAGCACUUUACUUUGGCAUGUUUCUAACAGCCUGAUCAGUCACAUCCUUUUUACCUUUAGUUCUUUUCAAAAUGGUGAACAAUGGUGAUAGAAUAGAGACAUUCCAGAUUGUUAGCUGACCCCAUUAGCGCGCACUCUGACCCCUGAUGUGCAUCUUAAAGUAAUACCUUUGUAAUGUAAAACAAGAUGCCCCAUUCCAGUAGUGUCUUUCACCCUUGCAAUACCUUGAGCACUCAUGCCCAUAUUGUCUACCAUUUCAAUCAUUUACAAAAGUGGUACCUUAAGAGUACUUCAGAGGUGCACAUGUGCAGAAGCGGGUUAUGUCAUUGGGCUUAUGAACUUUGUUACAUAAAGUUCUCAUUUUGCCAAUAUAGUUUAGAGAGGAUACUCAACUUUUUUUGUUGCAGCUUGAAGUUAUUUGAACCGUGAAAGUAUUAUGAAAUUCGUGACAUUUUAAGAACAUAAUGCUAUGCUUGCCGUUUUGUUUUGUUUUUUGUUUGUGCUAUGCAUGUGUUGCAAAAACACUACAGAAGAUAUCACCGUAAUCCUCCCAUAGUGCACUCCAAAAUGUUGCCAUUUUGUUGAGUUAUACCCAUACUCGAAAUUUUGUACUGACCAUGUGAAAUACUGAAGUACAGCUUUACAGUUUUAUUUAUUUGUAAGUUUUAUUUAUCCAAUUUCAUGUAUCUGAACAAAUGUGUGUGAAAAUAAACGUUUAACAAAUAUCACUAUGUUUGAAAACAGCUGAAUAACUGAA